GUCCCGAGUCUCCAUCACUGUCUUGGAAGAUGACGUUGCACCAAAAAUAAUGUCUACGCUGUAGACGACAUUUUCUCCUCGUUGGUUGACGAGCAUUAAAAAAUAAACAUGACAAACUUUAAAAGACUGGUUCUAGGCCAGCGAUUUAUGCACUGGAAGCUCGGUGCCAUCACCCUAAUUUUUAUGGCAUUUGUGUUCUUGAUACAAAAAGAAGUAGUAGAUCGAGAAAUGGAUGAGCUUGGAGCACAUGACGGUUCCCAUGUGAAGAAAAAAAAGAUGUUGGACAUGGUAAUAGAUGCUGUAAAUAACAUUAAAGAUUCAAUGCCAAAAAUGCAGAUCAAGGCACCUGAAAGACAGCCUGAUGAUGAAGGAAAAAAACGGUGUUUACCGGGAUAUUACACAGCGGCAGAACUUAAACCUUUCCUUGAGCGCCCACCUCAGGAUCCGAAUGCGCCAGGAGCUGCUGGAAAGCCAUUUAAAAUGGACAAACUCACCCCCAAGGAGGAGGAAGAAAGGGAACAAGGAGAAAAAAAACAUUGUUUUAACGCCUUUGCUAGUGACAGAAUUUCCUUACACCGAGACCUGGGACCAGACACAAGGCCUCCUGAGUGUAUUGAACAGAAGUUUAAGCGCUGCCCUCCGCUUCCCACGACAACCAUCAUAAUUGUAUUCCACAAUGAGGCUUGGUCUACUCUUCUGCGUACGGUAUACAGUGUUCUGUACACAUCACCUGCCAUUCUUCUCAAGGAGAUCCUUAUGGUGGAUGAUGCCAGUACAGAUGAGUAUUUGAAAGAAAAGCUGGAUGACUAUGUGAAACCGCUGCAAAUUGUCAAAGUGGUCAGACAAAAGGAAAGAAAGGGGCUUAUUUCAGCCAGACUGUUGGGCGCAUCUGUAGCAACAGGGGACACUUUGACCUUUUUGGAUGCACAUUGUGAGUGUUACCAUGGCUGGCUGGAACCCUUACUUUCAAGAAUUGCAAACAACCACACUGCAGUGGUGAGCCCAGAUAUUGUCACCAUUGAUCUCAGCACGUUUGAGUUUGGCCACCCUUCCCCAUAUGGAAAUAACCGCAAUCGGGGGAACUUUGACUGGGGUUUGGCGUUUGGAUGGGAAUCUCUGCCCAGUUCUGAAAACAAGAAAAGGAAAGAUGAAACCUAUCCAAUAAAGACACCAACAUUUGCUGGGGGCCUUUUCUCAAUCUCCAAGGAAUAUUUUGAGCAUAUCGGAAGUUAUGAUGAAGAAAUGGAAAUCUGGGGAGGCGAGAACAUAGAAAUGUCUUUUAGAGUGUGGCAGUGUGGUGGACAGCUGGAGAUCUUGCCCUGUGCAGUUGUGGGCCAUGUAUUCCGUAGCAAAAGUCCUCAUACCUUUCCAAAAGGAACACAGGUCAUCAUCCGAAACCAGGUCCGUCUGGCUGAAGUCUGGAUGGAUGAAUACAAAGAAAUAUUUUACAGGAGAAAUCAUGAGGCAGCCAUAAUGGUCGAGCAGAAAUCGUAUGGUAAUAUUUCCAAGAGAGUCCGCUUGCGGCAAAAUCUUCAGUGUAAAAAUUUUACCUGGUACCUGAAAAAUGUCUAUCCAGAAAUGUAUAUCCCAGACCUGAACCCACUCAUCCAUGGAGAUAUUCAAAAUAUUGGAAACCAGAGAUGUUUGGAUGUUGGAGGAGAGAAUAGUAAUGGAGAGAAACCUCCAAUCUUCUACAGUUGUCAUGGACUUGGAGGAAACCAGUAUUUUGAAUAUACGUCAAGCCAUGAAAUUCGACAUAAUAUCCAGAAAGAGCUGUGUUUACGAGCUAGUAAAGGACUUGUAAUGCUCAAAAAGUGUGGCUACAAAGGCAAAGGUACCAUAGUGCUGCAGGAGGAAAAAUGGGAGCUUCGACAGGAGCAACAGUUGUUCAAUGCUGCAUACAACAUGUGCCUUACAGGCAACGGGCCGAACCCAAACCUUGCACCCUGUAAUCCUGAAGACGCUUUGCAGAAAUGGGUGUUCCGUCAAAACACAUAAGAAGAUGACGGAGGACUGUUUAUACUUAACACUGUGAUGAGAGUACACUGUAACAUUUUAUGCAAAUGCAGCUGAUUUUGAUUACGGUGUAUACUUUA